AUGAAUGCGCAAGAAAUUAUCUGCAGAAAGAUCUUCAACUGUCUGACAGACAAAAUACUGGUUGACUAUGUAGUCAAAAUCGAAGAUGAAAACUUCGAAUGUCACCGACUUAUGUUAGCAGCAUGUUCUGAAUUUUUCAACGCGCUAUUUCGUUCUGGUAUGAAAGAAGCUAAUGAGAACUUUUGUGUUUUAAAUUAUUUUUCUGGCGAAGUAUUCCGAACGAUUCUAAACGCACUUUAUACUGGUGAAAUAGUCUUAACUUUAGAAAAUCUUUGUGAAAUAUGGAAAGCAGUAAAUAUGCUGCAAAUUGGUUUUUUAGUUGAACGUUGUGAGGAUUUUGCUUUUGAUGCUAUUACAAUGGACACUUGGGAGGAUAUUUACAUAUAUGCAAAACUUUUAUGUUCAGAAAAAGUCAUAAAUCAGCUCCAGAUAUUUAUGUUGAAAAACUUUGAAGAAAUUAGACGUUCAACGGUAUUUCUACAAUUAUCUUUUAAUGAAGUCAAGGAUCUGAUAAAAAGCCAAGAUUUAGUUGCCAUCAAAGAAGAUUUAGUUCUUGAGUCAGUAAUCCAAUGGGUCGACUACUCACCUGACAUAGGUUCCGAUAAUAACUCGAGUAUAGAUGAACUUAAGAAAGUUGUUAGCAAAAGUGGAACUCAAAAUGAAUACAAAUUCACUCAACUUGAUUUGGAUAAAAUAAUUUCUAAUGAACCAAUUUCCCACUGUGUAACUAAACAUUCCACCAGAAGCGAAAAACUCACAAAACUGCUGAAGCAAGUGAGGACGUAUCUAGUGAGUCCUGCUGUUUUAGUUCAUGUGUACAAAAUGGAAUUAUUGUCACACGACACUGCCUCAAAAGAUUUAAUUUUGAACGCUUUAAAAAGUCACGUGCAAGUCUACAGACACGGUCAGUGGCCAACAGCAGCUAUCCACAGAUCGUGUAGUGGUUACGUUCAAGCAGGGGUAAUUUUCAGUAGUUAUGAAGGCUUUUGCGUUCUAACCGCGGACGAGGAAGAGUGGUACUAUAUUUCUAAAUGUGAAUACCUAAAAAAAAAUGUCCAACUCGUCUCUUUUAAUGGAGAGCUCUACGCCACAGGAAGAAAAGCAGCCGUCCCAUCUGAGCCGUGUAAGAUGUUUGCAUUCUGUUGCAACAGCUGGUAUGAGCUGAAAGAAAUGCCAAGCUACAAUUUGCUAUUAGUUUCACAUGGAGAGUUUAUUUACAUCAUAAACAAAGAUGAUCAAGCUAUAUGUAACAUCAAUCCAAAAGACUCAAGUCCUUGUAUAAAACACGUUGCUGAAUUUCCUGAAAGAUUACACGUUACGCAUGCAUUGGUUAUAGACAAUUUUCUUUUAUUAUUUUGCUCUAAAAGUGAAGGCAGCAUUAUUCAGACAUCCGUUUAUCUAUUUGAUAUUUUGUCAAAAGCUUGGACCCGACUAGAAAGCAUCGAUGGACCAGCAAAAUAUUUAAUUAGUUUCAGAAAAGACCAACACAACUACAUUAUACAGCGCAACGGAAGUAUUUGGCUGUUGCAUUCGUCUGAAGACAGAAAAAUUGAAUUUAAAUUCCUUAAAAAACUUUGUAAUUUUGAGUUAGUACUAUAUGGUGCGUUGACUUAUAAAAGGAAACUGAUACUUAAUGGACUACACCCUAAAGAUGUACCUGUUGGAGUAUUACAAACAGAUGAUGAUGAUGAAGAAGACCAAACAGAUGACGAUAGUAUAUCAGGUGAAAUUCCUGGCCACUUUAAAACAGUUGGGUUAGUUGGUAAUGGUGGAAAAUGUUCAAAUUUUAUACCGAUCACUAUACCCGCGAUUUAUCUCAGCGAAGAUACCUGGACAUAA